CCUUCGGAUCUUGCCUUCUUCUUCCUCUUCUUCUUCUUCUUCUCUCUCUCACUUUGCUUAUAAAUUGUGAGCCAUUUCACUUCCAACGCCUUUCAGCCAAACACAUUCUCACACCUUCAUAUUCCCAUGGCUUCUUGGAAGAAAACCAUCAUUUCUCCCUUUAGAAAGGCUUGCACCAUCUUCAACCAGCACCCUCGAGAUCCCAAAAAGUCUCCCUCCGAUUCAGAACAAGAGAAACGAGUAGACGUGAGGAAUCUCCAAGGAGAGGUGAUGGCAUGUGGGUAUGAAGACGUGCACGUGAUGUGGUCUAUUUUAGACAAGGCCAACUCAACUACGACCGCCGCCACCGCUUGCAAUGUGUCUUCUUAACCGUCGUCGAGGCCGCCACCGACACCGACAGAUGGUGGUGGUUGGUUAAUUGGUGUAGAUAAAGCAUAAUACAUCUCUCUCUCUCUCUCUUCAUGUUAUUUUGUGAGUUAUGAUGAUUUUGUUUGUGUUAGGAAAUGAAUCCCCAUGAUUUGAAGGUUUUAAUCAUGGUGAGAUUUUAAGUUUUAUAUUAAUUACUUCUUUUUAAGUCCUAAAAAGCUCUCUUUUUCUUAUGGGGAAUGGAACCUUAUCUCUCAUCAAA